AUGUCUGAUUUUCUGGAGCAAUACGUGUUUCUUCGGUUUUCAACGCCAAGGAUCAUCGUUUCGGACUCUGGAUCGCAAUUUCUCGCACUGGUAUUUCAAACUUUGCUCAAAAAAUACAACGUAAUCCACAUGAGGACCGCUUUUUACACACCGAUGUGCAACACUGCUGAGCGGACCAAUGGCACGCUUAUCACCUGCGUAAGAUCCCUCCUGGACGAUGACCAACGGGACUGGGAUGUGCACAUACAGCAAGUGGUUUGCGCAAUCAACACAGCGAAACACGAAACACUCGGGUGCAGCCCUUACUACUGCAAUUUCGGGAGGGAUCACAUCCUGUUCACGGAGCAAUAUCCACUGGCCAAGAUGAAUUCCGCGGAAGAUCCUGCCAAGGCACACGAAGUACGAUUCGCAGCGGCACAAAACAUUCAACACUUCGUAUUAUCCCGAAUCAAGGCAGCUCACGACACCAGCAAGCAGCGCUACGACCUUCGAGCAAGAAACCGAGGAUUCGCCGUCGGCGAGAUAGUAUGGAGACGAUCGUUCGAAUUGUCAAACGCAGCUGAACAUCGAACAAAAAAGCUUGGUGCGAAGUUCAUACCCUGCAUCGUACGGCAGGUCCAAGGGUGCAACAACUACCUGUUGGAGGAUAUAAAGACAUCGAAAACCGGUGUCUACCAUUCGAAGGACAUCAAGGCAGAUUAA